UCGCGUCUCGUUUCAUCGCGCUUUCACUCCACCUUCGUUCCAAUCACUUCAUCGUCUUCUCCGAUCUCUCAUCGAUCGAUCCCCAUGGGCUUUGCUCGGAAAGAGUACCAGUUUCUCGCCGAUCUUGGCCUCGGUCCUCGGAACCCUGGCGCCUUUGUUAAUGGAGUGUGGCGCGGCGCUGGCCCUUCCGUCACCUCCACCAAUCCUGCCAACAAUCAGGUGAUUGCGGAGGUGAUGGAGGCGUCGAUGCAGGAUUAUGAGGAUGGGAUGAAGGCUUGUAAAGGAGCUUCCAAGUUAUGGAUGCAGAUUCCAGCUCCAAAGAGGGGAGAGAUUGUCAGGCAGAUUGGUGAUGCUUUGAGAGCCAAACUCCAGUAUCUUGGAAGGCUUGUCUCUCUCGAAAUGGGAAAAAUACUUCCUGAGGGGAUUGGGGAAGUUCAAGAAAUCAUUGACAUGUGUGACUAUGCUGUUGGUUUGAGCAGGCAACUAAAUGGAUCAGUCAUUCCAUCAGAACGUCCAAAUCAUAUGAUGUUGGAGGUUUGGAAUCCGCUGGGCAUAGUAGGAGUUAUAACAGCUUUUAAUUUUCCAUGUGCUGUUCUUGGAUGGAAUGCCUGCAUUGCACUUGUCUGUGGAAACUGUGUUGUUUGGAAAGGUGCACCAACAACUCCUUUGAUCACAAUUGCGAUGACUGAGAUUGUUGCUGGUGUUCUGGAGAAGAACAAUUUACCUGGUGCAAUUUUCACUUCUUUCUGUGGAGGGGCUGAAAUUGGUCAAGCAAUAGCUUGCGACAGACGGAUACCUCUGGUUUCAUUUACAGGAAGUUCCAAGGUUGGGCAGAUGGUUCAACAGACAGUCAAUGAGCGGUUUGGAAAAUGUCUACUUGAACUUAGUGGAAAUAAUGCUAUAAUUGUCAUGGAUGAUGCUGACAUCCAACUUGCUGUACGGUCUGUUCUAUUUGCUGCUGUUGGCACAGCUGGUCAACGGUGCACCACUUGUCGGAGGCUGCUUCUUCAUGAGAGCAUCUAUCAAACUGUCUUGGAUCAACUGAUUGGUGUUUAUAAGCAAGUGAAGAUUGGUGAUCCUUUAGAAAAGGGUACUCUGUUAGGACCAUUACACACUCCUGCUUCAAAAGAAAACUACAUAAAGGGUAUCGAAGUUAUUAAAUCUCAGGGAGGGAAGAUCCUGAUUGGAGGAUCCAUUUUAGAGGGAGAGGGUAACUUUGUUCAACCCACAAUUGUGGAGAUUUCUUCAGAUGCACCUGUUGUUAAGGAGGAAUUAUUUGCCCCGGUCCUCUAUGUCAUGAAAUUUAAGACUUUGAAAGAAGCAAUUGACAUAAACAACUCAGUACCACAAGGGUUAAGCAGCUCCAUAUUUACACGCAAACCAGAAAUAAUAUUCAAGUGGAUUGGACCACUUGGAAGUGAUUGCGGCAUUGUGAAUGUAAAUAUUCCUACAAAUGGUGCUGAAAUUGGUGGUGCUUUUGGUGGUGAAAAGGCCACUGGAGGUGGCCGAGAAGCAGGAAGUGACUCAUGGAAACAGUACAUGCGACGUUCUACAUGUACAAUCAACUAUGGGAGUGAGCUUCCUUUGGCACAAGGAAUAAACUUCGGCUAAAUUCUCCCUUAAGUAAUAGCCAGGUGCUGCGCCAUGCUGCAUUUAUGCUAUGCAGAUGAAGGUAAUGUUCCUCCUAUACACCCUUUCUGGACUGCACAUCUAGUCUCAUGGUAAGUUAAUAAUGUGUAAUAUUUAUAACCAUGGUGAACUCCAAAAUUAGUGUCAAAUAUAAUAAAGGUUGUCUUAUACCUCAUUGGUACUCAUUUGGAGAGAGCUUUUUUUUUUUUUUCUUUAAAGAAGAGUUGCGGAGCCAAACAAUCAGCUACACUAAAUCCAUUAGAAGCUAGGGCUUAAAGUUGUUUUCAUAUAUUUUUGAAAUAAAUUUAAUUUA